AAAGUUAAAUAACCAACUAAAAUAGUUUAUUCUUGAACGGGGCUAAGUACGAGUGUCAUAUAUCAACAAAUCAUCUGUAUAACCCAAAGUGUUAUAACUUGGAAUUAUCACACUCUACUUAAACUGUAGCAUAGUUCACAUAAAAAAGCAUACUAAGCUCACACAUUGUUUUUGUCAAAGCUAUGUUUGUUUCUUUCCAAACUACACCAAAAUACGAAACCCUUCUAUAUAAACACCAAAAUGAUCCCCAACAAUUCCUUCCUCUCUCUCUCUACUAUUAAUUUUCUUAAAAAAAAAAAACGAGAGAAGAGGAUAAAAUGGUUGCUCCUGAUAUAACAGAGGAAGAAGAAAACCAGGUUGCCAAACAAGCAAGACAAUUGUCAAAGGGGAAGAGAACACUGGCACAAGAUUUGAUACCUGGUGAGUCACCGAGUUCAUCAGACUUACCCAAGCAUGUGGUGGUGGUUAUGGAUGCUUUGAAGGAGUUUACAAUGGAGCCACUUGAAUGGGUCCUCAAGAACAUAGCUCUUGAGGCUUCUUGUUCUGUUACUCUGCUUGGUGUCACGCCUUGGCUUAACAUUCCAUUAUCUUCAAAGACAUGGUCGGACGUUUGGACAAUGGAUCUAGAAGAUUUGUUAUGCAUCCCAGAGAAAACCGAGUGGAAGAGCGAUUCCAAGUAUCAAAAAGUCCAAAAACUAAUUGAUCUUUGCCAACAAUAUGGGGUAAAACUGCAAAUGAGAGCUGAAAUGGGGUACCCUUUGCAAUUAAUUGUUGUUGAGCAAAUCAUAAGCCUCCACGCAACUCUUGUAGUGUUUGAUAGGCAUCACCAGAGAUACAGUGAAUACUAUGCACAGAGAAUUCCGUGCAACAUGGUUAUGAUGAAUGAAGAUGGAGAGGUUGAUAUGAUCAAAGGUCGAUCCCUCAUUGACAAUGUUGAUCCAAACACACCCGAGGAGUCGCCAGUUUCGUCGGCUCCGACUCCAACAUUGAUAAUUGCAGAGCAUUUGAAGAGAAUUUUCAAACAGAGAGCUUAGAAACACGUGUCUGUUUGGUUUGAUUUUUAAAAAUUGUUUUUAAAUGAAUUUUCGUUUAUUUUCCCAUAUGUAUGGCUAUUAAAGUACUCUUGCCAUUUACAAAUUGCUUGAGAAUAAAAUUUGGUAUUUCAUGUAUAAAUGAUUUGGAUACAUAAU